AUGGUAAUCCGCCUCCUUCACCUUCCCCGCCAACCCCAGGACAACCAGCUGGAGUUCCUGGAGGACGACCUCUUCAUCGACCUCAUGAACCUCAGCCACCUCUUCCUCCACGGCAACCGGCUCUGGAGCCUGCGGCAGAACACCUUCAGGGGCCUGGGCGCGCUGGACCGGCUGCUGCUGCACCACAACCGGCUGCAGUGGGUUGACCGCCAGGCCUUCCACGACCUGCGGCGCCUCACCACGCUCUACCUGUUCAACAACUCCCUGACCCAGCUGGCGGGCUCCUGCCUGGGCCCCCUGGUCUCCCUCGAGUACCUGCGGCUCAAUGACAACCCCUGGGAGUGCGACUGCAAGGCGCUAUCGCUCUGGGAGUGGCUGCGCCGCUUCCGGGGCUCCACCUCCACGCUGGCCUGCCGGGCGCCCCCCGAGCUGGCCAACCAGGACCUGAAGGUGCUGAGGAAGGAGGAGCUCCCCAGCUGCCCCGCCUCCGAGGGAGGAGGAGGAGGAGGAGGAGGAGGAGGGGACCAGCAGGGGGAGACUCUCAACCACCUGAACCGCUACCGCAACCACCACAACCCCCACCAGCGGCCCUACCUUCCCCACGGUGACCAACACUUCCUGCCCUCCCCCUCCCCGCUGCCCCGCCCGCCCAAGUUGGGGCGGAGGAACUGCACCCGCCGGGGCCGCAAGGGCAAGGGGGGGGGCAACGAGGUGGAGGGGGGUGACAAAGACUAUUCCCCGGACGGGGGCAAAAACGACCCAUCGCUUCACCCCAGGAGGAAGAACAAGUGCAUCCCGAGAACUUCGGUGGACCCGCCCAGAGGGGUGCUGAGAGCCAAUAGCAGGGCACCACUGCACCUCCUUGCGUCUCCAUUGGCUGCGUGGCUCCUGUCGGCCGCUACUCUGAUCCUCUGCUGA